AUGCUCAAUGUAACUAAGGCAAAACAACUUAAGGGUAAAGCUUAUGAUAUUCUAAGUGAUGCCCAAACACUAAAUGAGAAUGCCAACUCACUAGAAGGUGUAGCUCAGGGUACUACUGCUACUUCUGACGAGGCACUUAAACAAAAAGCUGGUAAUGAUGAUAGAACACCUGGUACACUAAGAUACUUGGCCAAGGAACUAUAUGAUGCAGCCAAUGCCCUAUCCGGUGCAGUUAGCUCUGGUGAUGAUAGUGCUGCCAGUAGUCUUGCCACCGAAGUUGGUGCUAGUGAAGGCACUGUAGGUAAACUUCGUGAGAAACUCAAAGAACUUGCUGCUGCUAGUGGUGAACUAACUACUCCGGCCACUGAGGUUAGAAAUGCAUACGACACAGUCAGCGGUGCAUUCAAAGCAGUUCAGGAACAAAAUAAUCCUCCACAUAAUAAAUAUAAAGACCAUCAAAAUGAGUAUCAAGCAGUUGUUUCUGCAUGGGAGGCUUUCAAUAAAGUUUAUAAUGCUGAUCUCAAAAAACUUGCCAAGGAUCUUAAGAAUGCUGUAGGAGAAACUACCAGCUCUGGUCUCCAACAGGCGCUCUCUAAUCUCAAUACCAUUGGCACUACUCAAAAUGCCGAAGAUGUAAUCAAGAAGUUCAACGAAGUAGCUGGUAAAUACAAAGCUGUAAAGGCUCUUGAAUCUACAUAUCAAGCCAUUAUUGAUACUAAAUCUCAUUAUGACAAUGUUUUAUCUAAAUUCACUGAUCUUCAACGAGCCACCAAACUUAAAGCUGAAGCUACCAAUCUAUCCGGAAAGGCCCAGUCGCUUUCCACUAAAGCCGGUGAACUAUACACUGCACUAAGUGGUCAAACUGUUGCUCAAGCUAAAGUCACAGCCCUGAAAAAUGCCGCUAGUAAACCUAGUCCUGAAAAUGAGAAGGGUCUUAAACAGUUACUCGUAGAGCUUAAUAAUCUUAGAGGCUCUGCACUAGUUGCUAAGGCCAAAGAGGUCACUAUUAAGUUUGAAGGCUUUAGUCCAGAUUCGGUUCAAUCCACGUACAACGCUGUGAAAAAUAAUGAUAAGGCUAAACAACAAGUAUCUCAAUUUGGCGCUGUUAAAUCUGCAUUCAAAGCACUUCAGACUGAGUAUAAUAAGGGAAAAUGGAAAAAUAUUUCUCUCAGGUCUACAGUUUAG